UUGAUUGUCGCAGUGAUUUAUGGCACUGUAGUUCCUUCAUUCCUUCAUUAAACACUCUUAAAAUCCCUCAUUUGUUUUCCAACAACAUUUUGUCUGUAACAUUGUGAUUCACCUCGACGCUGGUUGGACUGGAUUGUCUUAGAACUCUUCAUUAGAACUAUAAUGGUGUGUUGUAUCAUUGUCCUUGUAAAAGCAAUGGUUCACAACGAUGGCUGAUGUGGCAGCGCAUUUCAUCACUGGAAGGUGUGACAAAAAACAUAAUGUGGCUUUUUUAACCAUUUAGAACUUUGGACCUAAAGGAAGUGCAACUUAUAUUUCCGCAAUAAAACUCAGUAUAAAGUUUUUUUAUGACAUUUUCUGUAUAUUUAAAGGGUGUGUCUGAAUAUGUGAUAUCCCAACUGUAUAUACUGUAAAGACAUUCUGUGCCAGUUUCAGUCGGUAGAGGACUUUCUUGACUCAACAACAAAACAGGCAAAGAUCAUGGAGGUCACAUCUCAGCCGGCUGCAUUUGCACCCAGAGACUUUCACACAGGCUUGAUGAGCUGCUGUGAAGACACAAGCGUAUGUUGUUAUGGCUAUUUCUGUCUCCCUUGUUUGGGCUGUUCCAUUGCCAGUGAGAUGAAUGAGUGCUGCUUAUGCGGUUUAGGCAUGCCGAUCCGAAGUGUAUACAGAACUAAAUACAACAUACCAGGAUCCAUGUGUACUGACUUUUUUGUCGGUUACUUCUGCAUGCCUUGUGCAGCCUGCCAAAUGAAGAGAGACAUUGACAUUAGCAAGCGUACUGGACAAUUCUGAGCAAACUUUGUCUUACAAAGGAACAAAAAUGCCCUGAACAUAGUUGAUCUAUGUUUUUAAUUGUUCUAUGUUCAUUUAAUCUUGCAGUCAAUCUUCAGUGCACUAUCAUCUAGUCCUUAAUUAUCGCCCUUUGGAACUAAAUGAAAAUCAUAUUAUAUAUGCAAAUACUUUAAACUAAUCAACUUUAUGGCUUCAUGAAUGUACAGGCUGUUAUGAGCAUCAGAUUAAUAACAGUUUUUGUACCACAGCCAUCAUGUUACUCAAAAGGGGCAUUGCUCAAUGUCAUGCUUCCAGAUUCAUUUUAUUACAGAGGUCCAGUAUGUAGAAAUCACAUUGAUUCGUUGAUUAUCUUAUCAGAUUAUGCCAUGUUGGUUGUAGUGUGAAACUGUGUGCCUGUAAGUUAAGAGUCCGUCCGAGAAUAUAGUUGCACUUUGUAUUGUUUUUAUUACUAAUUUCUAUAAUUUGCAGCAACAUCAUCAUCAACUGUAUAAUUUGCAUUAUUUUACAUCUACAUAUUUUAUUUUUUUGUAGUCACUAAAUUAUAAGAAAGAGCAUUACAUUGUAAACAUGCAGUAGUAUCAUGUUAUUAUAACGCAAUAGCCUAUAUGGUCUGCAAAUGCCUUACUAGAGUAAAGUUUCAUAAAG